AUGCGGCAUGCUCCUUGCCCUUCCUACCCUACUCGCUACUGUGAGUCAGUUCUUCGUUUUUUUUUUUUUUUUGGGUCGACUAUGUGUAGCUCUUUUCUAUCCCGCCGUUGUACCCAACUCGCUCCCUCGUUAGAGAUUCUUGUAACCUUCAUGUACAAAGAAAUAAAAAAAGACAAAACACAAGCCUCCGCCGUGUUUGGUGUCGAGGGUUGCGACCAUGCUCUUGCCUUGUUUAUUAGUUUGUGUUUCUCGGUUUAUGCAACUCUGGGAGAAAAUUUAUAUAUCUUGGAAUCAACGGCGGCAAGAUUAGUGCCGAGUCUGACGGGGAGUCAGGGAUUGGUGUGA